AUGCUGCACCGUCCUCCCAACAGCGACGACCUGCUCGAGGAGGUCUGGGCCGUCCUGGAAGCGGAGGUCCAUGCCGGGCGCACUCGCUGCCUGGGCGCCUCCAACAUCACGGCUGCACAGCUGGAGGCCCUGACUCGACCAAGUCGGAAACAGGAGCUUUGGCCAGCCUUGGUGCAGCUCAAGUGCUCGCCCUUCCACCAAGGCGGCUACUUCGUGGAUUCCCCGUCUGGACUGACGAGUCUGUGGCAUCAGCUGCGCACCAAGCGAGUGGUCCCAGUGGGGAUUUCCCUCUUCAACCCCCUCCACUCCUGCGUCAGCCCGUUGGAAGAGCCGCUGAUUUCCGCGUGGGCUGAAGACCUCGGCUGCUCUUCUGCGGAACUGCUGGCGCACUGGUGCCGCUCGGCGGGCGUCUGCCCUCUACUACGCUGCGCCCCACACCAUGCCGUCACGUUCCGGCGCGAGGUCCACUUGCGGCCUCCGCUCGUUGCAGCCUUGUCCAGCCUCGCCUGCCUGACGGAAACGUCAUUCUGCCCUGCCCUCCGCGACGACCUCGCCCUGCGCAAGAGUUGCAAGCGCACCGCGCAGCGUGGCGACAGCCUUUACGGCAGGCUGGCAGAGGUGCACAGCCUCAAGUCGCAAGAGGGGCAGCUCCUCAAUGGACAGCGCGGGAGGAUCCUCAGCUUUGAGGAGGAGACCGGGCGUUGGCAAGUCGACCUCCUGGCCGGUUCCCGGAAGAUCCGCGGCGCCAAUCUUGCCCUCAUAGAUGAGGGUGCUGCAGCGGCUACAGCCGAGAGUGCUGGAGCAUUUCUGAAGGAGCUGCUAAGCACCGGAGGGUCCGACGCGAUGUUGCAGCUUCUCGCUGGGCGGCGCAGCGAUGUCACCUGGGCCUUGCUGGAAACCGUGUCGGCAAACCUGGAGAACGCCCAAGCCUGCGGCCAUCAAAGGAAGCAGCAAGUUCUUCAACGGCUACUGGCAGAGGUGAAGAAGGUCCUUGCGAGCCAGCAGCCGACGCCACAGACCGUGCCGCUGCCGAUGCCACCACUGGAUGCGUCCGCCGCGUGGCAGGGGCCGGCUGCAGCUUCGCGCCGGCUUCUCCAUGCCGUCUCAUGUCUCCUAGAGGCGCAAGGCUAUGCCAUCUGCGACAACUUCGCAUCGCCCGAGGAUGUGCGACUGCUAGCGGCCGAGCUUGCUGCCUAUGACCAGGAUUUCGAGACCGCCAAGAUCUGGGUGGGAAAGCAGGCUUCCGGCGCCCAACUCUCUGUCCCCACCGUGCGCUCGGACCGCAUUUUCUGGGUGUGUGGCGAGCAUCGGACACCAGCGCGAGAGAUGCUCUGGGACUCAGCAGGCAAGCAGCCCACCGCUGGCCUGGCACCGUGCCGUCCAGAGGUUGUGAUGGAGAAGACCACCCACGGUUUCCCACGGCUGCGCGCCACGAUGAACCGUGUGGACGACUUCGUGCUCCAUGGUCUCGCAAAGCACGUGAGCCGCCUGUCCGGCCUGGCGGAGCGCUCCGACGCCAUGGUCAGCAUCUACGACGGCGGUGCUCGAUUUCAAAAGCACGUGGACAAUCCGAACAAGGACGGCCGGGUCCUCACGUCGAUCGUCUACCUGAACUCGGGGGAGCCCUGGGGUGCGGAUGACGGCGGGCAGCUGCGGAUGUUCCCGGAAGGUGAGCCUCCUCUGGAGUUCGCUCCGGAGACGGGGCGGCUUGUGCUGUUUUGGGCGGACCGCCUGCCACAUGAGGUGCUGCCUGCGAAGCGGCGGCGGAUGGCUCUGACUUACUGGUGGUUCGACCGCACGGAACGUGAAGCGAAAGUGCAGGAGCUGGCUGAUGAGGUCGGCAACCAGCGCUUGAAGGUUUCGGAGGAAAGUCUGGCACAGGACUUCAUCGCCUUCAUGCUCAGUGACAAGUCUUCACCAGCCGAGAUUGUCCAGAAAGCGCACACGCUGCCGGCGAAGGCUUUGUCCACUGUGGCGACUGUAGUGGGUGCGGCAGAUGGGCAGGAAGCGCUCGAGGGCAUCGGCCGCCUGACAGAAUCGGACCUUUCGCGACUCCGCGGCUCCAUGGGCAAGAUGGGGCUGCAGUAG